AGAAUAUAUCUGUAAUGGAUCAGUUAGGCUUCCAACUUGUGUCUUUUGCUAUCUUUUAAUAGCCCAAUAUCUAUAGUACUUUGUUAUACAAGAGCCUUUUCGUCAAUUCCGAACAUGAACCACAACAACCCUGAAAUCCGAGAGUCACUCGUACGUUUGAAAAAGGAUGCGAAUAUCAAUCUAGAGUGGGCAUCCACUCGGUUUUGGGAAUAUCUUUUUAGGCAUGCGAUAUUCUUUGAAGCCAAGUGGGUUAUAUCAUCCCAGCAACCGCCAACGAAGGAAGCAAAUGAUACAAGAAGAGUUGAUAUUGUCGUCGAAAGAAUGGACCCCGAGAGUUUUGAGACAAUACUCUUUGUCGAAGUGAAGAAAUUCGAUGCGACUCAAUACGAGAUUGAUCAGGUAGAAUAUCAAGCCUACACUGCGGCUUGCGCAUAUUCUGCCGUGACCGGAAAACCGCGUGUAUGGACUAUGACCAGCAUUGGUACUAAAUUGCGAAUAUGGAUCUUCCACAUUUUCAGCGAAUACUUGAUUCCUUACAUGCCUAUGGGCAACGGUUUGGGAGCCGUAGACGAGUACAUCGACGCGAUAGAUGACUGGGAGUUGCUGGUUGCGGCCUUGACCUACAUCAAGAAUAAUAGCACGCCUCCAAGUGCCCUGCUCAGCAUGGCUUCAUCACCAAGGCCUGAACAUGCCGUGCUUCCUACCAACUGGCACGAUAACGAGGUCCAUCAGGUGGACGCUUAUCGUCACAGCCAUGUAAACCUUGAACGCGAUGGUCGGCUUGUGAGUUGGAGUCCCGAUGCUCAACCUGGGCUAGCUGCUGGUGAACACGCAAGUUCUGUUGAUUCCGCACACGACCCAGUGCCUAGCUGGCUUGAGGAUACAAGCUCUUACGAGCGUUACGAUGCGGAAGAAUGUACACGCAUUGUAUGGGGCCAAGCUACACUGCACGACGGCAAUGUUAUUGGUCAUAAGGUCAUUUAUUGGAAUCAAGAUGUAUGGGAAACUAUUUUUGACCGGGAUUGGAAGAGAGCCUUCGUUGUCGUCCAAGGUUUGCCAUGUUUAGCAAGCGUGAUAAUGGCCGCCUCUGGUCGCAUCUUGUACGUGCUGGAUGCAGAUGAAGACGAAUCUCCAGAUGCCUGAGAAACGGUACAAAGAAGCUACUGUAUUGGGAGAUGCUAAGUAGAUCACAAUUUGCAUGAUA